UCUCUUUCUCCUUGAAAGGCUCACGCUUCUUCCCCUCCCCCUCUUUUGUAUUCCUCUCUUUCCCUGGAAGUGUCCCGAUUCCCUCUUCUUCUCACAGUGGUGUGUGUUCAUAGAAGCAGUCCUUUCUCCUGACUGUGCUCUUACAGUGAAUGAACUCGUCUCGUCUCGAAUCCUCUAGUCCGAUCCAUAGCAAGAUCCAUUUCGGUCAUCAAGGCUUCUUCUCCUCGACUCACCCGCUCCCCGCUCUCGAUCCAGCUCUCUCUGUCCGGCGAGGUCACAUCCAACGAAUCAGCUGGCCUGGGGCUUUUUUUUUACAUACAAGCUGAGAAAGAACACUCUGAGCUCUAUUAGUCGCUGUAGACCAAGGCCCGUCGGUUCCCUGACGAUUUAAAGCACCAACGAACAACCAGCCAACCCAAGACCCCAUUCGAGUCAUCCUCCCUUGGGACUCUGAUGAAUCCCAACUCCCCCACAACAGGCUCAACUCACUCUCAGUCACUCGCUUCAGCCUUCCUCUCAAGUCACUCGCUACUCACUCAGCCUCACCCUCAGCCCUCAACUCCUCAACCUCGAUCUCGAUUGAUUCACUGGCUGUCCCUCACUCACUCCUCCAUCGGGUUGAACCCUUCUCAAGUUUUCUCGUCACAUCAUCCUAGCCUUCCUUGAUCACCACUUCCGCUAUCACCACCACUAUACUCCACACACACACACACACACUCACCCCUCACCUUUCAUCCCCCGUAUAUUACAAUACCUAAAAAAGAAAAAAAGAAAAGAAAAAAAAAACCAAUCCAUCCAUUCAUUCUGAUCGAAAACCUCUUCAUUUCUCCUUCGCGAGCAUUUCCAACAUCCCCAGAUAAACAACUCUGCCUUGUAUUUUUCUAACCAGCCUGCUCUGCUCAGUCUUCGCUCAGCUUCUCAUAGUUUUUUUUUUUUUUUUUUUUUUGCUUUUGUUUUAGUCUUAUCUUUCCUCGCCAAGACCUGCUUCAAGUUUCAAGUCUGCUGAAAUUAUCCAAGCUCCUCCUGACCGUCGUCCAUCAAUCAUGUCUGCUGCUACGAUCGCCCAGAUCUUCCAACCAGCCUCACCAGCCCCUUCGUCCCCAUCCGCCGCUUCAAAUCCCAGCAACCCCAAGAGCAAGGUUCUCGCUCUCCGAUCCCUACAGCCCUCGCCAACCCCGAGCUCGGUACCCUCCCCGAAGAUGUCACAACCCUCAUCUGCGCAUGUCACAUUCCCCCUCUCACCCACCCUCCUUCCUCCACCUUAUUCCCAUCUGCCCAUACAGCAUCAACAACAACAACAUCAGCAACAGCAACAACAACAUCAACAACAACAACAACAACAACACAAUUCCUCGAUCCAACGUCCUCAGCUUGCUCGUCCCAAUUCCCUCUUAUCCCCUCGCCCCUCCUCUCCACCCUCACCCCUGGUCCUAUCACCCCUCAAUACCACUCUCCUUCCUGCUCAUGCCCCAUUGUCUCCCCGUCCCUCUCAUCCUCUAGCAUCCCCCGGUGCUUGUCCGCCCUACCUCUACGAACUGGCUCAAGCUGAUCGACGCGCUGGAUCGGGUUUCAUCAGCCGCGAACCCAGCCUGCCGAGUAUCAUGAGCAUGCCUCGCACUCGACCGGCCAGUCCCGAUCCCAUACACAGUCGCAAGACCUCGUUCGCAGCCCGUCGAGCCAACCUGGCCACUGGAGUGCCAGGUAGCUCAUCCAGCCCCACCUCGCCCCAAGUCUCACGUCGCUUCUUUACCCCUACUAGCGCCCGCGGACUCUCCAACUUGUGCAUGUUCGAAGAUGGUUUACAGCAUUACGAGCGGGUUCGAAGUCCUAGUCUAAGGGGUCACUCGAGACGUGGCAGUCUGAUUCACUCGGUUCCAGAUAAGUCAAAGGACGAGCUGGCCAAUGAAAUGUUUGAACUCGAUCUAUCUGAAGACUUUGCCGAGGAAACCUUUCGUCAACCUCGUUGGAGUGAUGAUGAGGAUGACGCCGACUCAGAAAGAGAUCAUGAAGCUACUGGGGCUCGCAAGUUGUUCAAAGUCGGUGAUCGCGUCGGCGUGGGCACUCUUCACCAAGGUUACAGAGUUCGUGAUCUCUUUGACACGUCUUCGAGGAGUGGCUGUAGACUCAGUAAGGCUAGCACCGAGAGCUCUGGUGAGUCGGGAAUAUUGGAAGUUGUCAGGCAGAUCGGCGUGGGCAGUUAUGCGGUGGUCUACUUAGUCCGGGAGGUGUUGUAUGAUCCUGCUCUUGAACCCGAACCUACCGCACUCGAUAGUACACUCUCACAAACUCCCAAGGCAUCCGAUGGCUUUGCUUCAUUGUCAAAGCUUGACCCCUUGGCAUCUUCACGCACGAAAGGCUCAUCUGAGGGAGUGGUUUACGGGAGGGAUUUCGCCCUCAAAUGUCUUUGCAAGCGAAACUUGAGCGAUGAGUUGUUGGUCCUUCAACGUGGCGAAGCCGAGUUACAUCGUUCCUUACCUUUACAUAAUAACAUUGUUGCUUUACAUAGGGCUCUGGAAACGCCCAACUGGCUCUUCCUUGUGAUUGAAUAUUGCCCAGGUCAAGAUUUGUUCUAUUGGUUGGAGCAAGCUAGAGACAGUCAAGAUCUCGAAUCUCUAUCUUCUCGCACCAACUCGUGCGCUCCACACUUACCGAGCUCCAUCCAGCCUCACUUACAUUCCACUGAAGACAAAUCGCGGGAAGUUGGCUCGGCUCAAGUCACAGCGCCCCCCCUCAAUACCCCACCUUCCCCCUCAUUACUGGCUAGCACUGCUGACGACGAGAUGCUUUCAAGGAGGAGGUUGCGGCUGAUCAGUAAAAUGUUUGUGCAAAUGUGCGAGGCCGUCGAGGCUUGUCAUCAAGCUGGUGUCUGUCAUCGUGACAUCAAACCCGAGAACUUUAUCGUUGUGGACGAUCGCAAGGGAACUUUGGGCGACAACUGGAAGGCUCAAUCCACCGAACAUCAGAUCGGCGUUCGGUCUUCUGUCACUGUCAAAAUCACCGACUGGGGCCUUGGUACCAGCUCGAAAGCUUGCGAGGACUUCGAUUGUGGCAGUAAACCUUACAUGGCCUACGAAUGUCGGAACAACCUGAAUCCGACCUAUGAACCAAUUCAGGCUGAUGUCUGGUCGCUAGGAAUCGUUCUGCUCAAUCUGUUAUAUCACCGUUGUCCCUGGGCGGACCCUAGCUGCUCAGACCCCGAUUUUCGCGAGUUCCGUCACGAUCCUGUUUCUUUCCUCCAAGGUCGAUUUGAUGGAAUGACCCAAAGUGUUGCCACGUUUCUUGCUGAAAAUGUAUUUGUGGAAGUUGGCGCUGGUCGCAGCCAGCGUAGGAUUUCGGCGGGCAAGUUUGGUGAAUGGGCUCAAAACCUUCUCCACCACAUGGGCGGUGGUCAAUCCCACGCAUCAGUUUCAGACGCCACGAUCGCCAUGUCCCCUUCAUAUACCCGAGGUGUCAUAGAUCAACGUCGCAGCCUUCGGGGGUCGUCACUAGGAGGAUUAUCGAAACGCUCAUCUCAGUUGUUCCAUCCCAUCAACCUCCCCCCUGCUGUGCCUGAAGUCUUAUCACCUCCUGAGCUCUCGCCCACCGAAUUACCAGUAGUCAUUGAGAAAGAGGUUUGCCAAAUUGAGAAGCAACCGCUCAAUCCUUGGCCUGAAAAAUCAUCGGAUUUGAAAGACUUUGCAGACGAACCAACGGAGAUCCUAACCGACAUGGUUUUGAACCCAGGUGCGGUCAAGGAAUCAGCUGAUGUGAUUGGCGAAGACAGUGAAUCAUGUACUUCUGCAAGUAAGGUGGGAUCAGAUAAUCCGAAGCGUAGAAAGCGAGGCGCUCGAAAGGGACGAAAACCGGAAGGAAGGCGCAACGGAAGCGAGGCGGGUUACCUAUCGUCAACAAACGAGCAAGAAGGGGAGGUCGAUAUACUGGAUGGAUUGGCUGAAGCCUCGCAGAGCUUGGCCCGUGAAAUUAGUCAGGCCACCAAGACGAUGAAGCCAAGUGAUGAGGGAGCAACCUCGUUGACAACCACCAAAAGAAAAUUGAACAUUGCGGAACGAAUGAUGGAGAAGUUUCGGGACGGGUCUAAUCCAGAUCUACAAGCCUUUGUGGCUCGAGCUCGAGCUCGAGAAGCAGCUUAUAUGGGCAAGGCCACCUCGAAUACAGCCAGUGCGCCCGCUCAACUCCAAGAUGUCAACCGUCACGGCCAGAGGAAUGUAUUCUCUAGGGCAGCCAUGUCGACGACCAGCAGUAGUGGGAUCGCGACAACCAUGAGCACCAGUAGUACGACUAGCUGGGGCGGAGGCUCCGACUGUUCCUCGUUCUCCAAGCCGCCGACCCAUUGGACCUCGGCUUCUCACCGUCGUGAACGGAUUCAGAAAACUACUCCGAACGCAAACGUUACAGCUCCAAUUCCUUCAACACCACUUCUUCCAACUGCUCCUAUCAGUCGGAAGAAAGCACCUGUUAAUCAUCCUUCUGGUCAGACUGAAACUACUACCACAAUCACCUCUAACCCCCCUGUCAAUAAUAAGAAGGAAGAAAGUAAAAAUAAACUUGCUCAAUUGUUGACUACUUUCAAAAGGUUUAACUCGACUGUUGGUAACCACCACUCUUCCUCUUCUUCUUCUGCUGCUGUUCCUGCUGCUGCUACCACUACUACUAGCACUACUAGACAUCCUAGUUCAACUUCCAAUUUCAUUACUGACAGUCAUUAAAAGAGCAUGGUUUAUUUUAUUUUAUUUUUCCUCUUAUUAUUUACAUUUUACAUUUACAUUGUCUUUCUUUUUUUUAUAGUUCUUUUAAAAGUUUUUUUUGUUUUAUUUUCAAAGGAGGAGGCAGAGAAAAAAAGGGAGAGAAGAGAAAAAAAAAUGAAGAUGAAGGAUUUUCUUUUUUCUUUUUUUAUACUUGUUUUUUUUUGUUUUGUUUUGUUUGAUUGAUUGAUUGUUUGUGAAAUAAGAAAUCAAUAUACAAAUGUAAAUAUAUUUCCUCAAGUGUGUGAUUGAUCUACAUAAAGGUCUCUUUUGGAGUCUAUCAAUCCAUUAUAAGCCUUGUGUAGAUCAUAGAUAUAUAUAUACAUAUGCAUACAUGCCAACAUGUAAGUAUGUGUGUACAUGUUCUGUCAUCUUCUCCUCCUCAUUUUUAUCCCCCCCUUUCCCUGUCUCUCUCUUCAUUUUUUUUUUUUGGACUGGGUUUUUUUUUUGUAUUGGGUAAUUAAGGGUUGUUAUGGAAGUAUGGCAUUUUUUUUCUUCUUUGGUUUUGUCAUGUAAUUAAAUCAACCAUUGGGAUUCACAACUUCUAACCUUUCUUUCUUUCUUUUUUUUUUUUGGGGGGGGG